UUAACGUCUGAAGUUUAACGGUCGGUAUGAUCGCUCUCUUUGUGGCACUGUUGCUUGUAUUAGCGCCAGGAAGCGGGAAAGUGGCUCGCGCGAGUGGCGCGAAAGGAAACCGCUUCUUGUGCACGGCCGUGCCAACGGGCACCGACUUCAACUGCCCGGUGGACACGAACAGCCGGGUCCAGAACACCAGCCCGCAGGAGGAAGAAUUGCGGAAUACUAUAAUUCAACUGCGAGAGAUCAUCCUCCAACAGAAGGAAACUAUAGUCAGUCAACAGGGCACUAUUAAAGAGCUCAAUUCCAAACUCGUGCGCUGCGAGGCUGACGCCAAGUCGCGAGGCAACGCGCGCAGGAAGGAUUAUAGUAAAAACACGAUGGGUGACCUGCCGCGCGACCCCGCCGAGACUGUCCAGCAGCUGGGCAAGACCAUGCAGAGUCUGAAAGACCGCUUGGAGAACCUGGAGCAGCAGUUGCAUGCCAACACAUCCAGUGGACCUUUUCCCAAUGAGCUGAAAGACCUGCUGAAGCACCGUCUGAGUGACCUGGAGGGCCAGCUGCUGACCAGAGUGGCUGAACUUGAGGAAGAAAAGAGUCAGCUGUACAACGAGACAGCUGCUCAUCGCCAACGCACAGAGAACACCCUCAAAACGUUGCUGGACAGGAUCACCGAGCUGGAGAAAAGUAAUAGUGCAUUUAAAUCACCAGAGGACUUUAAGGUGUCUCUGCCUCUGCGCACCAACUACCUUUAUGGGCGCAUAAAGAAGAGUUUGCCAGAGAUGUACGCCUUCACUGUGUGUAUGUGGCUUAAGUCAAGUGCCAGCCCUGGAAUCGGAACCCCGUUCUCUUAUGGUGUCCCAGGACAGGCCAAUGAGAUUGUGCUAAUAGAGUGGGGAAACAACCCCAUAGAGCUUCUUGUCAAUGAUAAGGUAGCUCAGCUUCCUCUGUCUGUGAGUGACGGGCGCUGGCAUCACAUCUGCAUCACCUGGACAACCAGAGAUGGCUUCUGGGAGGCCUAUCAAGAUGGCGAGAGACUGGGGACUGGAGAGAACUUGGCCCCCUGGCACCCAAUUAAACCUGGAGGAGUCAUUAUCCUGGGCCAAGAACAGGACAUCGUAGGAGGGAGAUUUGAUGCCACUCAGGCUUUUGUAGGAGAGUUAAGCCACUUCAACAUGUGGGACAGGGUCCUGCGUCCCAUUGACAUCUCUGCCAUGGCCAACUGCUCCGCCUACAUGCCUGGCAACGUGGUGCCAUGGGUUGAUGCCAACGUGGAGGUAUUUGGCAGUGCAACCAAAGCAGCUCUGGAGAUUUGCGAAGACCGUCUCUUCGAUUCAUAAGGACACAUCUGUACAUUUGGGAGCAUUCUCGUUUUAUAGGUAACCAAUGUCCCAAUCUCAUUUUGGGAACUUUAAGAGAGAAAAAGGCAGUUAAUAGAAACACUGCGUUUUCACAUAAUGGAUUAUUUCACCCUCUAUUCUGCUUUAUGUUUGUUGAUAUUUCGCUGUCAGGCUGACACAGAAAUAAAAUGAUUGUAAUUUAUAAAAAAAAAAACAAGUCUGCACAUUCAAGGUCAGAACAGAGUAUUUACAACUCUGGCUGAAGUAAAACUCUCUUGUUGAUUCUAGACUUGUUUUAACUCUCUGUUGUAUCCUUCAGAAACAUUUUGUCUCUACAAACACAUGGGUAUUUAAAGAACUACAGUAAAAGGAGGAUUUUUCUGACAUUUGCACUGUAGUCUAACAUUGAUCAAUUUUGUCAUGUUGUGUAUAGGGUCCUUCAAACCACUGAAAAAAAACAAAACAAUUAAA